AUGUUCCUCGCAAAGGCUCCAAUUACAUCUGCCUGUAAGGGUGUCUUGAACCCCGCGUCCCAGAUCCCCAAGGUUGCCUCGGCCGCACGAUCCAGAGGAUUUUCAACCACACCGAGUGCAUAUCAAGGAGUCACGCUGUUGCAGGAUAAGGAGAAUGGCUUUGGGUUUGCGAGGUCAAACCCUAGACCUGUCAAGCCUAGAUCCAAGGGCGUGACUGAGAUUCGAGGUCCAUACUAUUCAGUUAUGGGCAAAAGAUACCUGGCAGACGUGCUCGAAACGAUGGGCAACCAUGUAGAUGGUCUCAAGUUUGCGGGAGGUUCAUUCUCUCUCUUUGAGGAAAAGCCCCUGCGCGAACUGAUCGAUCUAGCCCACGAACACGGUGUAUAUGUCUCGACGGGCGGAUGGGCCGAACAUCUCCUUACGCACCCUGACCCGAACACCGUAUUCGACCGCUAUUUGACAAAAUGCAAGGAUCUCGGCCUCGAUGUAAUCGAACUAUCCUCCGGCUUUCUCUCAAUCCCAGAAGAUGACUGGCUCCGCCUCGUCGAUAAAGUCCACUCAUACAAACUGGAAGCAAAGCCCGAGCUGGGUAUUCAGUUUGGUGCUGGCGGGGACACACCUGCCUCAGGACUUGAAGCAAUCGGUACCUCAGACCCCGGAAAGCUGGUUAACUUGGGUCAUAGGUUCCUCGAUGCCGGUGUAAAGCGGUUGAUGAUUGAGUCGGAGGGAAUUACGGAGAAUGUUACCUCCUGGCGGACUGAUGUUGUGUCUCGGAUUAUGAAGGAGCUUCCUUCUGAGCGGGUCAUGUUUGAAGCUGCCGAUCCUAAGGUGUUCAACUGGUAUAUUCGGGAGUUUGGUAUUGAUGUGAAUCUGUUUGUGGAUCAUAGCCAGAUUGUGCAGUUGGAGUCACCCGGCCCGCGCCAGGGAACUGUGCAGCACUUCCGCAGAACGGAGACUCGUCUCCCUCACACCACAAAUAUGAACGGAGAAACCCAAUCUCACAGGAGCAGCGCGUCAUCCAACUCACAGCCCCAGUCCAAGCGCACCCACAGAAGAAAAGGCAUCACCUGGGCACCCUUAAACAUAAGCCUAAAACGCCGUCUCCAAACCUUCCUCGUCCUCUGCCACACAUUGACAAUCCCCAUCUUCCUAACGAUCUUCUUUUUCACCUGCGCCAUCCCAAUCUUCUGGCCCCUCCUAGUCCCCUACUUGGUCUACAUCUCGCUCUUCUCAACAGCAGCAACAUCCGGCGAGCUAAAAGGCCGCAGCCAAUUCCUACGCUCACUCCCAAUCUUCAAACUCUACGCUUCCUACUUCCCCGCUCGUCUCCACCGCGAAGAGGAACUGCCACCGACAAAGAAGUAUAUUUUCGGAUAUCACCCGCACGGGAUUCUCUCACAUGGCGCAUUCGCCGCGUUUGGAACUGAGGCAUUGGGAUUUUCGAAGUUGUUCCCGGGAAUUACGAAUUCGCUGUUGACGCUCGAUGCUAAUUUCCGGAUUCCGUUUUAUCGUGAGUAUGCACUUGGCUUGGGGAUAGCGAGUGUGUCGCGGGAAUCCUGCGAGAAUAUCCUUACGAAGGGUGGUUCGGAUGGAGAGGGAAUGGGGAGGGCAAUUACUAUUGUCGUCGGUGGGGCGCGGGAAUCACUCAAUGCGCAGCCUCACUCGCUACGGCUUGUGUUGAAACGGCGGAAGGGGUUUAUCAAGCUUGCUAUCCGGACUGGGGCGGAUCUCGUUCCUGUUUUGUCUUUCGGGGAGAAUGAUAUCUACGAGCAGAUUCAUUCUGAUGAGCAUCCGCUUAUUCAUAAGCUUCAGAUGUUUAUUAAGCGGACUAUGGGCUUUACUAUUCCACUGUUCCAUGCCCGUGGUGUGUUCAAUUAUGACGUGGGUUUGAUGCCUUAUCGCCAUCCGCUUAAUAUUGUUGUUGGGCGGCCGAUUUCUGUUAUGCAGCAGCAGAAUCGGGAUAAGAUUGACGAUCAGUAUAUUGAUGAGUUGCAUUCGAGAUAUGUACAGGAAUUGAUGCGGUUGUGGGAUCAGUACAAGGAUGUUUAUGCUAAGGAACGGGAGGGCGAGCUGGAGAUUGGCUCGUGA